AGACUAAUUCAUCAAAAUAAAAACACUGGGUCAGGAAGCUGGGAGGGAAAUGCAAGCAGAAAUCUUGUCGUUUAAAUACUGUAUGGCCUUUUUCAGCUUCUUGUCGGAGCCAGAGAACCCUGCCUUGAAAAGUCCACUCCUUUUAGAGGAGAGCUGCCAUUAACAUUUCCAGAAGGACACAAGAUCAGAGACCUCCAGAGUCUAUAUUCUUUCUUCCUGCCCUCAGCAAAAGCCCUGGCAGGGCAGUGUGACGUGGACAAGAAAACUUCACCCAGAAUUUCUUGGACUCUCUAUAGGUCUCCAACGCUAACUUGAUGCACCCGCCUGGAACAGAGUCCGUUUUUACAACACUUGGAAAAACAAAAGGGAGGAGGUUCCAAGCUUCUUCUCAUUAGAGGCUGAAGCAGGCAGAAGCAGAAAGAGAGAAGAUUUUAAAACCCAAGAGAACAUGGCUGAGGUCUCAUAAAACAAGGGCGAGAGAGGUUAGAGCAGACUAUCAAGGCCUCCAGUUCCAAACUUUCCUCCUAUGCUGAAAGAGUUGUCGCCUUAAUGGAACGUUCCAAAAGCCCAGAUAGCAACAGCCUGCCUUCGUCACCAACAGACAACAUCAAUCUUGGACCUUCUGCUAAUCCUAAUGCCAAACCAACAGAUUUUGAUUUCCUAAAGAUCAUUGGCAAGGGUAGCUUUGGAAAAGUCCUUCUUGCGAAACGCAAGUCUGAUGGGAGGUUCUAUGCGGUGAAAGUUUUGCAGAAAAAAUCUAUUCUCAAGAAAAAGGAGCAAAAUCAUAUAAUGGCAGAACGCAAUGUGCUGCUCAAGAAUGUGAAACAUCCUUUCCUUGUGGGACUCCACUACUCUUUCCAGACCAAAGAGAAACUCUACUUUGUCCUGGAUUAUGUAAAUGGAGGAGAGCUCUUCUUCCACUUGCAAAGAGAGCGUUGCUUCCGGGAACCCCGAGCUCGCUUCUAUGCAGCUGAAAUGGCCAGUGCAGUGGGGUACCUCCAUUCACUGAAUAUCAUCUACAGGGACUUAAAGCCUGAAAAUAUCUUACUGGAUUGUCAGGGACACAUUGUACUGACAGAUUUUGGACUAUGCAAAGAAGGAAUGGAGCCGGAAGAAACAACAUCUACAUUUUGUGGCACCCCAGAGUACCUCGCUCCAGAAGUGCUGAAAAAACAGCCCUAUGACAGAACUGUAGACUGGUGGUGUCUUGGAGCCGUCCUGUAUGAAAUGCUGUUUGGCCUGCCUCCAUUUUACAGUCGUGAUGUGUCUCAGAUGUAUGAUAACAUUCUGCACAAGCCACUCCAGAUUCAAGGAACAAAGACCAUUGCAGCCUGUGACAUCCUGCAAGGACUACUUCAUAAAGAUCAGAAGAAGAGGCUCGGAGCAAAGACAGAUUUUCUUGAAAUAAAGAGCCAUGUUUUCUUCAGUCCAAUAAACUGGGAUGACUUAUAUAAUAAGAAGAUCACUCCUCCAUUUGAUCCCAAUGUGGCUGGUCCUGCCGACCUACGACAUUUUGACCCAGAAUUCACUCGGGAAACAGUGUCCAGCUCCAUCAUCCGUACCCCUGACUUAGCUGCCAGCAGUUCCAGUGCAACGGAUGCCUUUCUGGGAUUUUCAUAUGCACCGAAUGAUGAGGACUAAUGGACCUGUGUGAACAAAGCUUAAGAAAACCCAGUUUUAACUUUUGGCUUGAAUGAAAAGAAGCCAUUACUUUCUGACUAAUCUUCUAACUGGAACAGAAACAAGCUCUCCAGCAUUGAGAUACACGACCUCACAAUGUGAAUAUUCCUCUUCCAGAGGGGAAGUAUUGAUUAUUUUAGUUAAGGUUGUUUUAUUUCUAGAGACUUCAACACAUUUAAUGACACAAUCUUGUGCCAAAAUAGAUGUUGUCCUAUAUGAGAAUGCAGGUGAACCUCUAGUGAGAUUGCUGUAGGCUAUUUCAAGGGGAUCCUUUAUCCAGUUGUUUGUAUAUGUUUGGAUUUGUCUCCCCAAUUUGUGAUUCACCUCACUUUAAUCUUGUAUUUUUAGGGCCUUUUAGAUAUGACUCUUUCUUUCUUUAAAACCACCUUUGCCUUCCUUUAUGAUAGUCCUUUGGUUUGCCUCAGGGAAUUAGCAGAAAAUACUGUUGCAGUCAGCUAGAAAAUGUGGAGGUUUCCCUGUUUCCAACUCCCCAUUCCUUAAAAUUAUUUUUUUCCACAAAACUUUCAUAGAAAUGUAUUCUCCCUUUUAAAAUUGGAUCUUUUGUAUAAUUUCUUUUUUGAAAUUAUGGCCCUAAAGGCAUGUAACCUUACAAUUUGCCUGGCCUUUUCUCUUAGGGUUGAUUAAACUGCUCCCCAGCCAUAACUGGCUCAGAUAGCAUACUUAAUCAUAUUUCACCAGUGUCUGAUUCUGUGGCAUGACAUUUUACCUUGGAGAUCUUGCCAGCUGAUUCUGCUUUUGCCUCUCCCUCCCAGUAUCCAUCAGAAAGUUACAUGGUGAUAAGAGUCAGUUUAUAACUACCUCUUGAUAAUAUAGACAGGAAACUGGCAAAAAUAAAGGAACAGCAGAUAUGUAAGACCUGUCUAAGGAUGGCUGCGCACAAGUUUUGUAAACUUAUAUUUACAAAAUUGAGGAAUCCAGCUUCCAGAAAGUGCAACAAUACCUGCCUCAGUUUAUAGCCUUAUUACCUUAGUGGGUUGCUGUGAGUUUUCCGGGCUGUAUGGCCAUGUUCCAGAAGCAUUCUCUCCUGACGUUUCACCCACAUCUAUGGCAGGCAUCCUCAAAGGUUGUGAGAUUUGUUGGAAACUAGACAAGUGAGGUUUAUAUAUUUGUGGGAUGUCCAGGAUGAGAGAAGGAACUUGUCUGCUUGAGGCAAGUGUGAAUGUUGCAAUUGGCCACCUUGAUUAGCAUGGAAUGGCCUUGCAGCUUCAAAGACUGGCUGAUUCCUGCCUGGGAGAAUCCUUUGUUGGGAGGUGUUUUACACUAUUACCUACGACAGGGUGUUUUAUAAAACACUUUAUUCACUGAUGUAGCAGUCUGAAUCAAUUCAAAUUAUCCACUGUUCUUUAAUUAUUAGGGAGUCUCCUACAGGAAAUGAAAAUGCAAUAACAAUCUUGGAUGAAUAACAAAGUUGACACCAUAGAAAAGAAUUCAAUUUGCUACAGCAAUGACAUCCACCCUGCUGAUGAAAAUUGUGGUUCUGCCCAAUAUUGACAAAUAUGAUUGGAGGUGCAUCUACACUGUAGAAUUAAUGCAGCUUGACAUCACUUGUAACUAUCAUGGCUCAAUGGAAUCCUGGGAUUUUUAGCUUGAUGAUGCACCAACAUUCUUUGGCAGAGAAGUCUUGUAAAGCAACAGUUCCCAUGAUUCCAUAGCAUUGAGCCAUUAAAAUGGUGUCAAGCUGAAUUAACUUUACAGUGUAGGUGCACCCUAAGAGAACAAUUUUGUGGGUGCUAUAACAUUAAGUGAAGCAUAACUUUUCCUCUUCUGUUUAAAUUAAGAACACAUUCAGCAGGAUAUGUUCCUGGCGUUUGGAGAAUUCAACUCAACUGUGUUAAGAAAUGUAUAUUAUAGAAACAACUGCUGGGUUUUAAUGAUUUUGUACCUCUAAAUAGCUCUCUUUAAAAAAAUUGUGUCCAAGGUUAAUUUCAAAGGCAGCCAUUAUCUAGGCUUGGGUGCAUUUAACUUUUUAAAUGUUUAACUAUGUAUUAAGAAAUGCCUCCUAGUGGUCAUGCUCGCUAUAGGAGAAUUUUCUGUUUUUGUUUUUUGUAAAUGGUCAUCUUUGUAACAACAGAAGGAAUAGAUCAGUUUAUAUGAUAGCGUUAUUUGCCUGUCCCUUCCUGGGUUUUGUUGUGAUAUGUUAAGCUGAUGGCAUAAUUGUGUUGAAAGAAGUUUGCAUAUUAUUUUGUGCUCUCCUCCUCCAAAAAUUUGGAGUCCAGUGAAUAUUUAAAACUUAAUAAAAAUAUUUUAAGAGAACAUAUCUUACCCGA